GGCCAGCUUUCUUUCAUAACCAGAUGGCAAUAAAUACUUUCUUCAAGUCAGACUCAAAAUUUCCUUUUUGGAAUGCAGGGAACACAUCGUUGUGUGACAAUGGUUUAUCUCUCAGUUCUUGUUGGCUUUCUGCUGGUUUUAACAGCUGAGGCCAGAGUUGGCCCCUCUCGUGGGUCGUUCUGCACAGAAACAGCACAGUGCCUGCUCUUCAACCUGACAUGCAAGACUGACAAAUACGAGGUGCGUCACUAUGAGUCUGUGAAGUUGGUCACAACAAAUAAAACCGCCUACGUGAUGGAAAGUGUUGUUGUCUCGAUGUUCGGACAACUGUAUAAAUAUAUCACCGGUGAAAAUGAACAGGGCACAAACAUAGACAUGACCGCUCCUGUUAUCAUGAAAACGCCUACAAAGAAGUUUUAUGAAACUGGUGACUUCUCAAUGAGCUUCGUUCUGCCAAAUGAAYAUCAGAGGAAUCCACCUAAACCGACUCACAAUGAUGUUUACAUUGAAGAGGUGAAAGAAAUGAGCGUGUAUGUGACGAGCUAUGGAGGAUGGAUGUUAACAGCGUCUGACGUGUGGAAUUCAGAUAAACUCUCCUCUGCUCUUGACUCCCGCAAUGCCAAAUACAACAAAGGCUUUCACUACUCUGUGGGAUAUAACAGUCCAAUGACCCUGAUGAACAGACACAAUGAGGUUUGGUUUGUGGUUGAAGGUGACCCUGUGUGCCUGUGACCUGGUCCAGUGCAUCACCUGGACAUUGUGAGGACUGUGCAUGCAUCACAUGCUGCAGACAUUACAUGUGCUUUAGCUGCAUCUUGCCUGAAGUCACUUACAUAAAUACAACCUUCCUGUGAGCAUACAGAUGUAAAAUGUAUGUGAAUAUUAUUUCGUCUUUCUGUUUUAUUUGAUUGUUUAGAAUCAAUAAAGUAGUUUUUUGCUCAGA